CGCCGAGUCCAUCCUAUUCCAUAGCACCUGAGAGUGGGAUCUUUCCCCAUCUAGCUGCUGGGGACUGAAGCCUGUCACAAAGGAGGAAGAAAGGGGAGGAAGAUGACAGUUUUCCACUUUUUCAACUGUGCAAUCCUAUCCUCCGCCACUCCUCUGUCUGAAUAUGAUACUCUUGGUACUUCCGUAAAAGCUGCUGUUGUUUAUCUUUUAACGGCAUUAGUGAAGCUUGUGUGUCUUGCAACAUUUCUUAAUGUUUCCGAAAGUGAUACUUUUGAGCCAUAUCAGGAAUUGUUGAAAGCUCUGAUCUGGUUUAUAGAUGUUGCUGGACUUUAUUUUGCAUUGACGCAAUUGACUCACAGGAAUAUUUCUCAGAAUCACAAGUUUCAAGCUGUUGGACUUGGUAUUUAACUUAUCACUAUCAGCAUUGGGAUCUCUGAUGUGGCUGCAGAAAAGCAAACCCAAGACAUUGAUUCCUAUUAUAUAUACAUGUGCUGGGAUUGUAGCAACAAUGCCAUCCAUAACGAGCUAUCUGAAGCAGGGGAUGGGGUGGCAACUUUCAAAGGUCGUUGGCUUUGAAUUAUUCACCUCACUGGCCAUUGCUUUGGUCAGCUGGCAGUUAUUCACCAGAGGCCUUCCAUCUAAAUGAAGAACUUUGAGGUCAUAUUGUCGAACCAAUCCAAAUCUAUGAUUGCGCCACCUUCUUCUCUGCCGGGUGUUGUGUUCAGCUUUUAUUUUUCUUCUCCCCACAUUUGGAGAGUAUGUUGGCCUGCUGAUUUUUAUUAUUCACUUAUAACAGUUUCCAAUUUUCACAUUUUCCUGGUAGCUUGUGUGCUAUGAUAUGUGCCUGACAAUGGUCAACUUCUAGUUAUUGUGCUUUUCACAUACUCCAUUUGCACUAGAUGCUCCCUAUGGCUGUAUGGCAAUGUAUCAGUGUGGUUUAGAUUAUUUUACCUAUACCUUUCAUGGAGUAAAAUUGAGGAGUUGUCGCAACAUUUCCCAUUUCAAAAUGCAAUUUAGCAAAAA